GUUUAAAUCACGUGACCCAAAAAGUUUACUAUUGGAAAUUAAAUUCACAGGUACAAAUAAUUAAAUGAUAGCGCCUGGCUUAAAAGAAUCAACCACAAAGUGAAGACGUUUUCUCAGGUUGCUGUCAGCACCAUCGAAGGAGUACCAUAAGCCUGUGGAAAAGGUGUGAACAGCAUACAGGAUGGGUAAAGCCAACAGCAAGCUCAAGCCGGAAGUGCUGCAAGACCUGAGACAGAACACCGAGUUCACAGAUGAGGAGCUGCAGGAGUGGUACAAGGGCUUCCUCAAGGACUGCCCCUCGGGACACCUCACUGUCGAGGAGUUCAAGAAGAUCUACGGAAACUUCUUUCCAUAUGGGGAUGCGUCGAAAUUUGCAGAGCAUGUUUUCCGUACGUUUGACGCGAACAAUGAUGGCACGAUAGAUUUCCGCGAGUUUAUAUGUGCCCUCAGUGUCACGUCUCGUGGACGUUUAGAACAGAAACUUAAGUGGGCCUUCAGUAUGUACGACCUGGAUAGCAAUGGAUUUAUAUCCAGGAAUGAGAUGCUAGAGAUUGUGUCUGCAAUUUACAAAAUGGUGGGGACUGUGAUGAAAAUGCCCGAGGACGAAUCCACACCUGAAAAGCGCACAGACAAAAUAUUUCGACAGAUGGACAAAAAUCUUGAUGGUCAGCUGUCCUUAGCGGAAUUCAUAGAGGGAGCCAAAAGUGAUCCAUCAAUUGUACGACUUUUACAGUGUGAUCCUAACUCAGCAAGUUGAGAGGUGUGGACAUGUCAGACUAUCUUGCUGAACAUAAGAUGGGUAGUUGUGAAUGAUAUUGAUUCUUUGGACUAAUGGAAGCAGAUUUAGGUGACAAUAAAUAUCAAAACCUGACAGAAACAUAAACUAUUUGGUGAUACAAAACCAACUGAUUGUGAAUUUAAAAGCCCUCUAUGUUGUUCAUUUUUACUUUCAGUCCGGUAUCAAGAAAGCUAUUCUUACUGAUAAUUAUGCCACUUUCUGUUGUAAGAACAUACAAACACCUCAAACAGUGAAUGACAAUACUUUUAACUUUACUGCAUAAUAUUAUGCAUCAAUGCACUAGUAUGUAGAAUGGAUUUUAUGUUUUGCAAUCAUUUUUGAAAAAUUAAGUGAGAACUGAAAAUUAGAGUUUUGUUUUUCAAGUCCAAUUAAGAUGUUUAUACAGAUGGUUAAUUCAUUGUUUAUCCUAGUUGCUUGUCACGACAAUCACCACUCUGUACAAAUCAAUAUGGAAUGAAAGCUACUUGUACAAGUUGGUUGAUAUGUUACUGUCAAGUUGCCAAUAACGAACAUUCCCCAAUGAAUUUUUCUUACCGCUAUCAUAUUUGAAAAAAUAUUAUCAUUACGUCAUCUUUUUAUCCUAGCUUUUAAAAGGAAUACACUGACCAUAAAAUAAGUCAUCAAUAAUGCUCUUUAUCCCCCAAAAGCUUGAGUGACAGAUUUGCAUAUGUCUCACUAACUACUCUUAGACUAGAUGAUAAAUCAAUAUCUGUACAAAAGCAUCAGCAUUAAAUCGAAUAGUGCCUGUAAGUAUAAUCAAUAUAGAUUCAAUAACAUUAAUUUGUUUAUCAGCAAUGUUUAUGUAGUGAAAGAAAUGGCUUUGAAAUCAGAUGAAGGGUCUGUCUCCAAUAGCGGUGCAACCGUGAGCGAAUUUCCAGAGGUGGUAUCUAUAUUGUUUGUGAGCGUUGGGUUAUUUUUUCUGUUUUACAUGUGACCACAGCAAACAGUUGAAAAAGCAAACAACAACCAUUAUUUAUAUUAUAUAAGACAAAUAUUGAAAAAUAAUUGGUCAUUGUUAUUACAAUCAAUUAUAUAUGAUGUUCAACUUGUAACAUUUUAGUUUCGGGGGUAUAUAACUAGAUCAAAAUGUAACAUUCUACAAUGAUAUUUUAUGUGGAUGUUGUAAGAUUAUUUUUAUUUUUUGUACUUGUCUUCAAAGUAAAUCUUAUUCACAAGAAUAAUGGAUCCGGGUGGAAACCAACCCUUGGAGAAUAUGGUGGUGGUGGUCUCGGUCCAUGCAAAUACAGAUUUCAUUGUCCUGACAUUAUGGAGUAAUAUUGAUGUGCAUUAUUCAUGAAUUAUUAUGAUGUUGCUUCUAUAAUUAUCGGUGAAACAAAGAUUCUUUUGGGAAAAAAUUAUCAACAAUCAGAUUUAAUUUCACUCAUGUACUUAGUUGUCACCCAUUUACAGUGUAACACCUUUUUUUUACAUAUCCCCUUAACUUUGUGAACAACCAUGAUGUUACAUUAUUCAUUAUUGCACCAGACGUUUCGUUACUGAAGAAAUGGCUGCCAAAAUUUAAGCAAAUUUCUCAUAAUAAAUAACGGUGCUAGAGAUCUACAAUAAAAAAAGUUUAGUGCAUGUGCAAAAGCAAGAAAACUUUCUAUUCAUAGAAACUCAAAGAAGUUUUUAUAUAAAUAAAUCGGAACAACAGUAGUAAGUGUUUUGUUAUUGGCAAACUGCCAGUAAUACUUAUCAUAUGCAUACAAUAGUCUUAGUUGUCUCCUUGUGGUCUUGUGAAUAUUCUGAAUGUUAUAUUUACAUAGUGCAAUUGUGUGGCAGUUCACUGAACAUGAAACAAAUGGUUACAAUACAAUUGCCAGGAAGCAUUACUUUUCAUGGCAUAUUUUAGUUUAAAGUGUGCCAAUGUUAUGAAAUGUGUCAAAGUUCUAAAACUUCUUAUGAUAGUGAAGUAAACAUUAAAUUCUAGUAGACACUUUGUGCCUACUGAAUGAAAAACUCAUCCAUGAAAAUCAAGAACAAAAUGAUAGUUUAGGUCAUUGUGUAUCAAAAGUUUGCCAGCACAUUUGAUGCAGUGUCAGUGUGUGUACAGCUCAACAUGCCUCUCCCAUCAAUUCCACAGAGGGUGUUUCUCCAGCAUGGAAAAUUAAUAUGAGAAUUGCUCUGGGAAAACAGGGCUUAAUGCAUGUUAGCAAAGAUUUAGCCUGUGCAAUCAGCUGAGGCUAGUCAGAGGUGAAACUUUCGGUCAGUCUAAACUGGAUUUGUGCUAAGAUGAACUGGAUUUUCCCUAAGAGGAGACAUCCUUUAACAAAAAAAUACCAUAAAAGCUGAAAGUGUUGUCCCUGAUAAGCCUAUGGUGACUGCACAGGCUAAUCUGGGAUAACACUUUACUCACAUGCACUGAGUCCUGUUUUCCUAGAAGAGGGCUCUUAUAUUUUAUCUAUAGUUGAAGUGACAUUACCCUAUGUCCUUAAUUGAAGUCCCUCACUUAAGUGAUUUUCCUGUUACGAUGUUCAUUGUUUGUUAAUAAGUAUUAUUUGCAUGCGUAUAGAGUUUAAAAAUACAAAUCGUCUGUUAUUGUCAGAAGCAUCAGCUUAUGCAGUAUUUCAAGAAGGUUAUAUAUUACAAUUAUUGUAAAGGUAAAAAUGGAUAAACGUUUUGUUAAAAUUAUACAAGGUGAUGUCAUUGAAAUGAGACAAAUCACGCAUUUUUGUGACAGUAAAAUUGUGUACAUAUAUUUCAAGAAAUUGUAUAUUUUGUGUUGAAAUCCAAGAUGAUUUUCAUGUACCUGAAGUUUAUGUAGUAUUUUAUUUAGAAUUGUAUGAAUGUAUGUAAAGUUAGUCAAAUGCCAUGUUACUGUGAAGAUGAAGAUACAGUAUGAUACAUUUAUGGAUGUGACACGGACAAAUCAGAUAGAAUGGGGUGUGGAAAGAGUACUGAAUCAUUGACCAAUUCCUAUGCUUUCUUAAAUUUCAAAUGCAAGUUUUUGAAUUCACCCAAUGUGUGUUUCUUUUUCCAGGGUUUUUUAUUUGCUCCUAAGAAACGUUUUAGAGGACCAUUAGUUAUAAUGGCUUCUUUCAACUUUGAUAACUUUUAAAGAUCUUGAUCUUUUAUUAGGGCUCUGGUUCUGUGUAAAUAAUUUAAACAAUUCUCAGUUAUCAAUAGAAAAUGUGACCAUUCUCUGAAAGGGCAGACAGUUUUUUAUCUUUUUAAUUUAUAAAUGAGCAUUGAUUUAUUGUAGGCUGUUUAUCAGUCUAGACAUUUUGCUGGCAUGUCAAAUCUAUGACAUGCUUUUUCAUUAACCAAAUACAGACUAUUUAUGGCUGUUAUUUAUGUCUAUGUUCUUACCCUGUCAUUAUUAUGUCGCAAACUCUUUCUGACAGUGUUUCUGCUUCAUGGAUGGUAUCAACAGCAUAACUGAUGUUGUUUUCACACACAUGCAAUAUGUAAUAUUAAGCUCACCUGAAAACAGCCUGCUGUUGGAUGUUGGGCUAUAUUUAGCUCACCUGAGCACAGCCUGCUCUUGCAUGGUGGGCUAUAUUUAGCUCACCUGAGCACAGCCUGCUCUUGGAUGAUGGGCUAUAUUUAGCUCACCUGAGCACAGCCUGCUAUUGGAUGGUGGGCUAUAUUUAGCUCAAAUGAGCACAGCCUGCUCUUGGAUGGUGAGCUAUAUUUAGCACACCUGCGCACAGCCUGCUCUUGGAUGGUGGGCUAUAUUUAGCACACCUGAGGACAGCCUGCUCUUGGAUGGUGAGCUAUAUUUAGCACACCUGAGCACAGCCUGCUCUUGGAUAGUGGGCUAUAUUUAGCUCAUUUGAGCACAGCCUGCUCUUGGAUGUUGGGCUAUAGUUAGCUCACCUGAGCAUAGCAUGCUCUUGGGUGAUGGGCUAUAUUUAGCUCACCUCAGCACAGCCUGCUCUUGGAUGGUGGGCUAUAUUCAGCUCACCUGAGCAAAGCCUACUCUUGGAUGGUGGGCUAUAUUUAGCUCACCUGAGCACAGCCUGCUCUUGGAUGGUGGGCUAUUGUGAUUGCCUUUUGUCUGUUGUUUGUUGUCAAUAUUAGCUCUUAGUCUGUGAACACUUUAGUGGCCACAUUUAUUGCCAAAUCUUUAUGAAAUUAUGUCAGAAUAUUAAUUAGCCCAAUGAUAUCUCUACUGUGUUCAUGUGUGGUCAAAACUAUGAUAUAUUUAUUGCCCAAUCUUUUUGAAACUUGGUAAGAAUAUUUGUCCUAUAGAUAUCUCAGCUGAAUUUGAACUUGGUCACAUUGGAGCCAAAAACUAAUGUGCUGAACCAAAUGAAAGAAAAAGCUUGUUUACACUUAUAGGGGCCAUAUUUAUUGCCCAAUCUUUAGGAAACUUUGUCCGUAUUGAUGAUAGCUUGGCUAAGUUCAGACUUUGUCUAAGUGGGGUAAAAAACUUGGUCACUAGAUCAGGAACGAAGUUCAAGCUGCUAUUGUUGAACUUAUUCCUUCACAUUUAAUAUCAAUUACAGUGGAUGCUGAUGUUCACUUUAUUGAAUAUGUUUAUGGUUAUCUAUAUUUGUGUUUCUCUAACAAAGCUAUUGUUAUGUAGAUCCGCAGGUUAUUUUAUACAAGAUUAUGAUUUUAGUAACAAAGAGGUCACAAUUAAUGUUAAUUUAUUUCUCAGUAUGACUAAACAAGGGUUUAAUAUAUGUUAGAAUUCUAGCAUAAAAUCUCUAUGCCCAUAUAUUUGUUAUCUGUUGUAAUUGUGUUAUAAUUGUAAUGCACUAAAUAAUGUUUUAAUGUCAGCUACUGUGCGUGUUACAAUCGUCUACAAAGAAUGACAUGUUUCUGAUACCUUAUCAACCUUAUCAUGUUACUGCAUCAUUGUUGUUUCUUCCUCGGCCAUACCAUUGUGCAGCUGUGUCUUCACACUUUAUUCAUGUGUAUAUUUCAUGUAUAUAAAUAUAAAUUGCCCAUGUUUUUUUCACCUCUUUUGCCUAAAAAAAUGAUUUUGUAAUCAUUUUGUAUGGGUAUAUUCAUUAUAUAUUUGUGUACUUUUGACAAUAUUUUGUGAAAUUGUUUUAUUUAUAUGUAUUUUAAUGUUAUUAAAAACAAACAGAUGUCUAUUAAUAUUUUAGAAAAAAAAAAUUAGGAACAAAGUGCUGAAUUGCGAUUUCCUUUGAGAGCAACGUCAAAGUAAGAAAUGAAAAAAUAAAAUUGAUUGUUACACAGGAGUUUUUGUCACUCUUGGGUGAUGACGUUUCCUCUUGCAUAAUCAUCUAUCUGUUUUAUUUUCUAGCAAUAUUGUUCUUUGUCAAUGCUAUAAUCUGUAAGUUUGUUUUAAUGUUCUCGCAUAUAUUCUCAAAUGAGUAGCUUUAUUACAUCCAUCUACCUUUAUGUAAAGAACAUAACCUUCAUUCAGGUCAACUUUCAGUUGUCCAGUGAAAGUCCAACAGUAUCUGUACAUAUUGUUUCACCCAUUGGUCAAAAUAACUCAAUUUCUUGUUUAUUACCAAUUCAUGCUGUAUUGUAGACAUGUUGUUUCCUUAUGUUUAGUCAGGCAGAUGUAUAUUUGAUAACUUUCUCAAUUCUGUAAUUUAGUGAUAAAUACAAAACCAUUUAUAAAUGUAUAUUUUGUACUUACUACAUUUCGUUAGGUCUCCCAUUUAUUAAUUUAUUUAUGUCUCCCAUUAACUCUUUCAGUGCUGGAACCGAACUUUGAAGGCCUUUGCAAACAGUUUGGAUCCAGAUGAGACGCCACAAAACGUGGCGUCUCAUCAGGAUCCAAACUGUUUGCUAUCCUGAUGGUAUUCUUUGAAAAAAUCGAAGAAAAUGCUAAUUUAAGUAAUUCAGCAGACGACAUUUUAGCAGGCGACAAAUUUCCCAGCAUGCAAAGGGUUUAUAAUUCUAUAUUCUUUUCCUCAUAUUAGAUGGUCAUGUAUAUUGUAGAGUUUAACGAGUUGUUAAUCAGAUAUAUUUAUUUUGUACCAAAAUCUUACCACGAGUUUUUUGCGAUUUGUUACUUCUUCAAUGUUUAAAUAAGUUGUAUGUUUAGCUUUAAGACCAAACUAGCUGGAAACUUUGUUAGCAAAGUAUUUGUUAUGCACAUGUUUAAGUAUGUAGUUUGUUUAGAAUGUUAAAGCUUUUCACAUGCCUCCAAAGUCAGGGUUUGCAUGAUUAAAUCUAAAUUUGUUAGCAUUAUACAAGUUAUUAAGUUUUAAACAUUUUUUCACAUAAUGUUAUUGCCUACAUACACUGAAUAUCAGUUCCUGCUAAAAUGGUUGAUAAAGUAUUGGAGUGAACUACAAAUUAUAAUGGCAGAUGAUUCUAUAAAGCAAUAUGUUCCUAAUGAUCAAGAUGAACUCCUAUUGUUUAUGUUGCACACAAUAUUGUUUAAUAGCUCAUGACAAGUUGCAUAAAAAACCAAUUAUUAUAUAUUACUAACCUGACAACCAAUACCAACAUAAUUUUGAUGUACAGUUGCGCAUACUUCAUCUUUCAUGAUCAUUGUUGUGUGCUGGAGAUAGUAGCUUGCGUAGUGAUUUGUCCCUAGCACGUGUUACACUCUAUUGUUAAUAACCAUAGAUGCUGUGAAUAUCAAUGGUAACCAGCGUGUGUUUCUCUACACUUGAUUGUUGUGUACAUUGGAGAUGGUGUACAUAGUGAUUUAUCCCCAAAACGUGAUGUACUACACUCCAUUGUUGUAUACCAGAGAUGGCGUGUAUCGCGGCGGUUGGUACUCAUUGUGUUUUGUCCUACAUUCGUACUCCUUAAACAGAUCGUUGACUAUGUUGAUGUCUUGAUGUCUGUUACAGUUGAUGUUGUCUUUGAAAACAUCUUACCGUAUUUUUUUUCAUAUAAAUUGAUUGAUUUGUA